GCGGUAUAAGGUAAUCGCUUCGUUAUGUCCGGCGCACUGAAAAUUCUGGUGCUGGUGUUGGCCAUUGGCGGCGGCCUAAUCUAUAAGAAUGUCAGCCAGCUCUGGGCAGAUUUGCCUGCCCCGAAACUUGAUCCGCAGGAAUGGUGGGGCGAUGAGGCCCAGCCCAAGGACUAUGCAGCCUAUCUGGCCAACAGCUCGGAGGUGAUUGGCAAUCGGCUCAGCUAUCCGGAGAAGACCAUCACGGAUUUGUUUACUCGCUUGAAUCGCACUCUGCGCCUCACUCCCCCACUGGAGGGUGUGGCCUUUGAGUACGGAUUCAACACGGACUAUCUUAAGGAAGUGGUGGAGUACUGGAGAGACGAUUACCUGCCGCGUUGGCGCGAACGUGAAGUCUUCCUUUGGCAAUUCAAUCACUUCACCACCGAUAUUCAGGGGCUACGCAUGCACUUCCUCCACCUGAUGGUAUACGACGAGAACAAGGUGGGCAAGCAGCACUAUCCGGUGCUCCUGCUGCACGGCUGGCCGGGAUCGGUCCGCGAGUUCUACGAUCUGAUUCACCUGCUCCAUCAGUCCAAUCUGGAUAAGAACAACAAGUACAUCUUCGACGUGAUUGUGCCCAGUUUGCCAGGCUAUGGCUGGUCCCAGGGCACGUCACGUAAGGGGCUUGGACCUGCCCAAGUGGCCGUGAUAAUGAGCAACCUUAUGGCACGCCUGGGGUACGAUAAGUACUUCAUUCAGGGCGGCGAUUGGGGCAGCAUCAUUGGCAGCCACAUGGCCACCCUCUACCCGGAGAACGUCCUCGGCUAUCACUCCAAUAUGUGCACCAGCAUGAGCCCCAAGUCCCAUGUAAUGGGUGCGCUGGCCGGGCUAUGGCCCAGUCUCUUUGUGCCCAGUGGCUUCGAGGACCUAUUCUUCCCAAAGUCGCGCCAGCUGAGCUAUCUGAUUGAGGAGAGCGGCUACUUCCACUUGCAGGCCACCAAGCCGGACACCGUUGGCGCAGCCCUCACCGAUAACCCAGUCGGCCUGGCCGCCUAUAUUCUGGAAAAGUUCUCCACGUGGACCAAUCCAAGCUACCGGUCCCUGGCCGAUGGCGGCAUCACGAAGCGCUACACGAUGGACGCCCUGCUGGACAACGUGAUGAUCUACUAUCUGACCAACUCAAUCACCACCUCGCAGCGCCUGUACGCCGAGGCCUACAGCAAGGAGCAGCGUGGACUGCUGCUGGAGCGCGUCCCCACCCCGGUACCAACUGGGUGUGCCCGCUUCAAGAGCGAUAUCAUGCAUUUCCUGGAUAUUCAGCUGAAGGAUAAGUUCCCGAACCUGAUACACAGCACGUAUCACAAACAGGGCGGACACUUUGCUGCCCUCGAGGUGCCCAAAGUGCUGCACAAGGAUUUCCUAGAGUUCGUCAAGAAGGUGGAACAGAAGUUUAAUAUUAAGCCAUUGUAGUUUUAUUUUUUUUAAGUUCAAUAAAAAGGCCCGCUCUGCUGAUAUCGAUAUCUCCGAUCGAUAGCACGAA